AUGAAACGAACAAGAGCACAGACUCGCUCAUCAUCAACCUCUCAAAGUGAUGAAAGCAAACAUUCGGAGGCUUUUAACAAUGAUCAUCCAAUGACACGACAACAACACAAAAAACCAAAAGCACCAUCCAACAAGAAUUCCAUCUUGCUACGAACCCCAAGCAAAACCUUCAAAGAUGAAGUCAAACGAAAGAAACUGGCCGUGAAAGAGAAGAACAUCAUGUCUGGCAAGUUCGGAAGUGUUGUGAUCUUAUCCAAAGAUCAAGAAUCAACAGCAAAUGAUGGAGAACGAACACCAACACCAAGAACACCCCUCAAAAACAUUGAUCCCAAUAUUCUCUUCUCUCCUCCUGCCAUUCAGUUGAACACAGCCAACACAAAAAACAACACAAACCACAGUGAAAAUGCUCCUCCUUUCUUUUCUCCCUAUCUCAAAACACCCAAUAUGGCUGUAAAGAGUCAACAAAUGGUGCGGAAAGCAGAAAAUUCCACUCCCAUUCGAGAAUUCAAAAUUCAAAAAGAACUCACCAAGAUGCGUGUUGGUAAAUUGAAUUUAUUUCCUAAUGUGUUCAGUUCCUUUGCAAGUACAACAAGUCCAGAGGAAGAUAUUGACUCUUCUCACGAAGAAUCAUGCCAACCCAAACAAAAGAAGAGAAAGAAUUCAUCAUCUUCGCUCUAUCACUAUUUUAACAUUGUGAUGGAAAAGUGUGAUGGUGGACUUGUAGAUCUUGUACAUCAGUCCUAUUCUUCUUCAUCUGGUUGCAAAAUUCCGCUCUCAGUAGCGAAGGCCAUCUCAUUCCAAUUAUUAUUUGCACUGUCGAUUGCUGAAGAAAUUGGGUUUCAGCACAAUGACAUGCAUGAAAGAAAUGUUCUUUACAAAAAGCUUCCUAUCACAACUCCUCUAAAGAAAGGUAUUGCUUUUUAUGAUCAAAUCGAUGAUUGUGAUUAUGUAUGGUUGGUAGAGUGUGAUUUUGUUUUGAAAAUUGCUGAUUAUGGAUUGAGCAGAAUACGAAGCGAUGACGGAGAGGAGAUUGAAAGUGGAAAUGUCUUUCAUUCUGAAGCCUUUAAUAAUGAUUUGGAGAGAGUAAAGGAAAUUCUUUCCAAGAGAAUCAAGCUUGAUACUGAUACUAAAAGCAAAGAUUCAAAACUCUUCUCAGAUCUCAAGAGAAGCAUUAAGGUUGGAGUUUCUGCCAAAUCACUUUUGCUCCACGAAUUCUUUGAUGACAUUCGAAAGGAGGUGAGCCAAGACGGUUCGUUGGAAGGAAUCGAUGAAUCUUAUCACCAAUAUUUUGGAGCCAAACAUCCAAAACGCAAACAACAAAUGAACAUGAUCAAAUCCAUGAGGUUGUCACCUUCCAAACCACCAUUACCACAUCAUGAAGCACCUCCUUCACCCCUCAUUGAAUUGAAUACUAGCUCAAUGAGUGUUCUUGGAGAGAGUGAGGAAGAAAUGGUUCCUGUUAGAACGCGACGAGCCUUCAAACGAAGAGAGAUGGCCACCAACAAAUAA